UCUCAUUCUCAUUUUCAUUUUCAUUUUCAUACCCAUUGUCUUUCUCUCUCCCAAGUUCCCAACUCUCUCUAUUUCUCUUGUUUAUCAUUAGCUUGGAAAUGGCAGGAACAAUGACAAAUGAUCAAACACUUUGGUUAUUUUUCACCAUACAAAAAAUGAUCACCUUUGAAAACAUUGUUUCAACCAAAAACUUAACAUAUGUUCCCUUUUUAGCUAUGUUUAUUGUUGGACUCUUUUCUGUUGGUCUAUUAAGUUGGUCCUUGUUUUCUUCAGCAGGUGGACCGGCUUGGAAAAACGGGCGUAACCAAAUGGGUCAAGUUCCAAUCCCUGGGCCAAGAGGGUUGGUCGUUAUGGGUAGCUUAUUCACCUUAAGCCAUGGCUUGGCUCACCAAAGGUUAGACUGUAUGGCUCGAGCUUUAGGGUGUAAGCAACUGAUGGCUCUUAGCCUUGGGUUGACCCGAGUGGUUGUAACUUCAGACCCUAUAAUGGCCCGUGAGAUCCUAACAUCGCCAUACUUUGCUGAUCGUCCUAUUAAACAAUCGGCUAAACAACUUAUGUUUAGCCGAGCCAUUGGCUUCGCUCCUAAUGGGACCCAUUGGAGGCUCCUUAGGAGAAUAGCUGCAUCCCAUUUAUUUUCUCCUAGGCGCAUUUUAGCCCAUGAAGGUGUACGAAUGCUAGAGUGCACAAAUAUGGUUAAUUCAAUAUUUAAAGAACAAGUUUUAAAUGGGGUUGUUUCUAUUAGGAAACAUCUCCAAGCAGCUGCCCUUAACAAUAUAAUGGGGAGUGUAUUUGGCAAAAGAUAUGAUCUAGUAGUAGAUGUUAUGAGCGGCGAGGCCAAGGAGUUAGAUGAGCUUGUUAAGGAGGGUUUUGAAUUGUUGGGAGCCUUCAAUUGGACUGAUCAUUUGCCAUGGUUGAAGCAUUUUUGUGAUCCUUGUAGGAUUGUCCAUCGUUGCUCGUCCCUCGUUCCUCGUGUUCGAACAUUGGUACAACGUAUCAUCGACGAACAUAAGAUGAAUAAUAUUCCAAAUUAUCCAUCUCAACAUUCUGACUUUGUUCAUGUCUUACUAUCUUUGGAUGCUCAACAUAAGCUAGAAGAUGGUGAUAUGGUCGCAGUACUGUGGGAAAUGAUUUUUCGUGGAACGGACACAAUAGCACUUUUGAUUGAGUGGGUCCUAGCGGAGCUAAUAUUAAACCCAAUAGUCCAAUCGAAGCUAGAAAAUGAGAUUAGCAACGCCAUGGCAAAUGGGGCUACAAACUCUGACAUUGCGAAAUUACCUUAUCUAGAAGCCGUGGUAAAGGAAACCCUACGCCUCCACCCUCCCGGUCCACUUCUUUCAUGGGCUCGAUUGUCCACAACGGACGUCCACCUUAGCAAUGGCAUGGUAGUCCCUAAGGGAACAACGACAAUGGUUAAUAUGUGGUCCAUAACCCAUGACCCUAAUACGUGGGAAAAUCCUUCAAUGUUUAAUCCAGAAAGAUUCUUAGAAAAUACUGAUUAUGGGAUAGAUAUUGAUGUUAGAGGGAAUGACCUACGACUUGCUCCUUUUGGUGCAGGACGUAGGGUUUGCCCUGGAAAAGACCUAGCACUCGUGACAGUCAGCCAAUGGGUGGCCGCUUUGGUUCACAACUAUAACUGGAUCCAACAUGAGUCUCACCGAGUUGAUCUUAGUGAACAUUUGAAGCUGUCUUGUGAAAUGAAGUGCCCUCUCUUAGCUGUGGCUAUUCCGAGGAAUUGCUUCAGUACAAAAAUAUACUAAAUUAACUAAAUCAAACUACAAUAAUGUUACCCUCAAACGUGUAAUACAAUAUAGUUUUAUUUGCAUGGAAUCAUGCUAAAAAUACUUUAUAUUUAAGUACGGUGCAUGUGUCAACGUAAAAUGUAUUUGCGUGUUUUCCACCUUAAUUUACUUGCUUUUGGUUUUCUUAUCAAACUAUGUAACUUUGUAAGCGUGUGCAGGACUGUUGUGCACCUAUUUAGUACUUUUGCUUGGUUUGUUGUGCAACUGUAUAAUCAAGAUUCAAGAACGAGAAUA